CAGACCCUGCACCGACCCCGAUAAAGCUGGAGCAAAGGCGAGAAUCCUCUCAGGCUCUCCUCCGCUCUGGCCAGCGGAACUGAAAGAAUCACCAAGAGGCCAAAGAAGAGGAUUGAAAGAAUCGCACAGAACCAUGGGGAACUCUGCCUCGAAUGGGUGUUUGAUGAAAGUUGAGAAGAAGAAGUUCAGAUGGAGGAUAGAUGGCUUUUCCUCACUUCUUGAUAAGUGCGCAGAUCAUGUACAAUCCAGUGUGUUUGAGAUCAAAGGGCUUCACUGGAUAUUGAAUUUGAGUCCAAAAUACAAAAGGAGUGAUGGAGAGGAGUAUGUUUGUCUUACGCUGCAGCUAUCACGAUCUUCUCUAAGAUAUGAUACUGUUGUGCAAGCAGUUUUCAAGUUCUUUGUGUAUGACCAGAUAUACAGAAAGCAUGCUGAACAACAAGUUGUCCACCAUUUCGAGACUUUCAGCCCGCUCUCAGAAGAUAUCUGCAUGAUCCCCCUUAAGAAGCUGAAGAGUUCGUCUUCUGGAUUUAUCUUUGAUGACAGUUGCAUUUUUGGUGUUGAAUUUAUCAAGGUUAUCACUGUAAAAACAACAGAUACUACUUCAGAAAACCUGUAUGUUCAGAAGAGCAACACCUUUGAUGACCAUGGAGUGUAUACUUGGAUCAUUGAAGACUUCACCACGCCUCAGACCCCAUGCAACUCUCCAACAUUUGUGAUUGGCGGAUACAAAUGGUAUCUAAGUAUCAGGACAUCUAACCUGGAUGUGGAUGGCAGCACGAAUUUUCUCUCCCUGUUCCUGCAUCUGUCCGAUAUGCUCCCCAAAAAUCAUGGAAUACUGGUAGAAGUCAGCUUUUCUCUCAAAGACCAAGCAAAUGGCAACCACACGAAGUUCAAAGGUCGGUGCGAGUUUUCUAGGAAGGCCAAGGGCUGCGGCCGGGGAAGUUUCAUCCUGCUUGAUGAUCUGAAGGACACAUCCAAAGGGUACAUUGUGAAGGGCAAGUGCUGCAUUGAGGCAGAGGUGUCUAUCAUCGGAGUGUCCACCAUAGCAUAGAGUAAAGAGUGGUAGCAACAGAAUAUCGUUACCUGCAUUUGCAUACGCGUGAGCUUCGAGAAUCAUGCAAGACAAUAUAACCAAUGUGGAUCUUAAUACGUUUGUUAGAUAGCGACGGUGGUGUCAAUUUUCUUUUUUCUCUUAAGGCAGCGAAGCUUCAGAACUCUAUAUGCGUUCAUUCCUCCUGUGGUAGCUACCAGAAUGUGAAGCCAUAUCGUACAUUCCUUCCGUAUCAUGGUGAACAAUGGGCAUGCCACAUUGGUACUGGAUUUUGUUUAUGCAACAAACUGAAAGGAAGCAAAGUUCUUCUUUUCGGAGA